AAGAUCUUUAAAAAAAUGCAUCUUACCCACCCAGUUUAUUGGUCCACACAAGACAACAGGAAACAUACGGAAUUUAAUUUUUCACACAUGUUUUUCUCUAACAACGUGAGGGUUGCAUUUGUGCUUGGACAUUUCCGGUCAAUAAUAUCAGCUUCUAGAUUUAAUUUGAAAUAUCGUUGUUGUUCCUGGCAUCGUCCCCACUUCUUCUCAAGAACAUUUUGUAAAAUUCCAAUGGCGGAAUCAGCAAAGAAAGCCGCUGCAAUUGCUGCAGUAAAUAACCAUGUUAAGAACAAGCAGGUUGUUGGAAUUGGAAGUGGAUCAACAAUUGUUUAUGCCGUUGAAUGUCUUGCUGAACGAGUGAAGAAAGAAAAUUUAUGCUUGCAGUGUGUACCAACAUCAUUCCAAGCCCGGCAACUCAUCAUAAAUAACAAUUUGAACUUAAGUGAUUUAGAAAAGACUCCAUGUCUCCUAUUUUACACUUUAACUCUGGGAUGUCUCACACAAGAAAAGAUAGUAGCAUACAAUGCAGAGACAUUCAUUGUUAUUGCUGAUUACAGAAAAGAUUCAAAACAAUUGGGUGAGAAGUGGAAGAAAGGUGUUCCAAUUGAGGUGAUUGCUAUGGCCUACAAGCCAGUGAUGAAGAAGAUAGAAAGUCUCCUAGGAGGUCAGGCAGUGUUGCGAAUGGCACAAGCCAAAGCUGGUCCAGUUGUGACAGAUAAUGGAAAUCUAAUUGUGGAUUGGAAAUUUGAUAAAGUCCCCAGCAGUUGGCAGGAUGUAAACCAAGCCCUCAUGAUGAUUCCAGGUGUAGUUGACACUGGAUUGUUUAUUAAGAUGGCCAAGAAGGUGUACUUUGGGAUGGAGGAUGGAUCAGUAUCUGAACGAGGGUGAACUAAUACAGUAUACUCACAUGCACAUUUGAUUGUGUAAAGUCUGUAUUUUCUUAAUCUCAUCUGACAGGGUAGAAACUAAUUUUUUUUUUCAGAGUACUGUACUACUUAGAGUACAGUAGGUAUUCCAUUGUAUUUGUAUAUAAAGUAAGGAAAAACACUGAUUAAUCAACUGGCUAUUAUGGAAUAGAAAAUUGAGUGCCAUGUUAACACCAGCUAUAAAAUCUGGUUUAAGUCCUAUACGAUUUUGGCAAGGAUUUCCAUUUUAUAUUUUGGGGAAACCCCUUCACUGAUUGAACCACUAAACCAUUGAAUAAAAAGAUGAGUGCAUAACUAACCUUCUGCUAAAAAAACCCAGAUAUUGUGUCAAAGGUCAUUUUAAAAACUGCAUGACAAGUACAGUACCUUGAAAAGGACCUGUCUUGGUGCUUCUGUAUGUAUAUAUUUUCAUUACUUUUUGCUAAUAAAGCUAAGGACAAUUUGGAA